GUAGAGCACUGCAGUUAACACUUUUCGAAUUACCAAUGGCAACCGAAUCACAACAAAUGUUUAAAUUUUAGUUAAUAUUAUUUUUUUUUUGUUUUUACGUCUCCAUUAAAUUGUAGUAGCCAAAAUUUUCCCAAUAAUCACAGACAAAACACAUAACAGAUGGAUAGCGCCAGCCAAGCCAUGGAGAAGCUGCUGGCAGCGACCAUAGAACACGACCUCGAACUACAGACAGAUGAGGGAACAUCAAGCACAUCGAUUGGAAACACUGCGAUUUGUGCCCGCUCCAGUUUUAGUUCCUCGAGUACUCUGAAUUCAAAAUCUAGGUUCCACCUGGAUGGUCAGCCCAUAUUAGCCCCAUUGAUGACGGCCAGCAAAGUGAACGAAAUGCAGAUGGCCAGGCAAAUGGCUAUGCAAAUAGAAGCCAGAUUGACAGCAACUGCCGAAGCGGAUGCCACGGAUGACGACGACGAAGACAACAGCAGCAUGGAGGGUCGUCGUAGUUUUCCAAAAUUGGAGCAGACCAAGACCUACAUUUAUGACAGCACACAAAGACGUCCCCAGUCCUUGGCUAUAAGGGGAGGUGGUAGCUCUAGCUUGCCUAUUAUCUGUGUGAAUCCUCCAACACCUCUGCAGCCUAACCAACAGCAGGAUGAGGAGGAGGAGGAAAAUCAACAUCAUCACCAGAUAGAGCAGUUCUCACAGCAAAAUUUGCCAUCACCGCAACGAAAGGUGAACAAAAUAACCAAUCGCAUUUUGCAUUUCGAGCGAACUGGUUUGGGUAGAGCACCUAAGGAUCCCACUCUGCCAGCUACUGUGGUGUGGCAAGGGCAGGAUAAGCGCAUCCUAAGAUCUAGUACAAGUCCCUCAUUGGCUAUUGACCAAUUGGAUAAACAAGUGGAUCAAUUGGAAGUCAAUCAAUUGCAGCGCUCACGCUCAUUUACCUUAGAGGAACCCUCACAAGUGCUGGUGGAGCAUAUGCAGCGACGUGCAGCGGCUACUGCUGCAACUGCAUCUCAACCCCCGAUUGCUAAUUUUCAGCGCGAUACCAUUGAAUCAAAGGCCAAAAAGGUUCAACGUUCCACACCUAGCCCCAAUCGCAGUUCCCACCGCCAGUUGGCAAACAGUUCGCCUUCAACUCGACAGCAACACCUGGAAACUCUUUUGGAACAGGCGCUGAGCGAAGCUGGGACCACUACGCAUCAGCAAUUGAAUCAAGCCAAGCACAGAAUGAUCAACGAUAUCAAGAGUGCUCAUCGUGAACGAUUUCAGAAAUUGGUCCAAUAUCAGCAUAAGGAGCAGCUACGCAUGCAACAAGAGUUCGAGCGGCAGCAAAAGUUUCUCAUCGAUGAGAUUUGUGCGGAGAUAAAUGUUUCGGCGUACGCCAAAUCUCCGAAAAGUAUCCAAGUCUCAGAGUACACCAGCACAGGUGACUUAAAGGGCAAUCGAUCAUCCGAUGUCUCUGCCUCCUCUCAUUCGCCAACAAAUACGAUCGCCCUAUCAUCCGCCACUACACCACGAAGUUUUGGAGAGCUCGAUGAGUUUCUCUCUAUGGAGAGCACUUGUCGCCUGCCUUCAGCUCAACCGCCAUCAUCAGCUCCGCCCAGCCAAAUCCAUUCGACACGUAAACGUCUCUUCAACGUAGAACCGAAUCAAAAUUUUAAUUAUGAUUCAGAUCCUCAAUCAUUGCCUUUAGGUAGUUCUCCAAGUACGCCCAGAUCAUUGCCAUUGCGUAAUAGUAGCAUAAGUAACAGUAAUCGUAGACCAUUAUCGGGUCCAGGACAAAUUCGUACACAAUCUCCAAUGCGCCGUGUGACAAAAAAACCCAUAGUUCGAGGAGAGUCAACUGUUCGAACAACCAAAGUAUCGCCAACAAAUACCGCUGCCAGUCGAAAGAAUUCUUCUCCAGUUCGUCGUCCCCAACAGCAGCAGCAUCCACAAAGAUCUGUGUCCAAACCACGUAAAGUUGCCUCACCCAAUCGCACGACACAGGAAGUUAAUGAUAUGGAAAAGCAUUUGGCCGCUUGUCGCAUCACAGCUGCUGUUAAAGGCUACCUAGUGCGGCGCCUCUUUCGCACCGAGCAAGUGCAGCGUGUUGUCCAGACCAUCAGAGACACCUUGAUUUUUGUACUCAAUCUGCAUUUGGAGACAUAUGGCAGUAGUUUGGAGCAAGAGGAACCAGCUAAUAUACGAUUAAAAGCCCGUUUGCUACAACAGCUCUGCUCGGCGAGUCGUACCUUGCAUUUGAUUUUCUUUCAGACGACUGUUAAAGAGAGGAUGGAAAUUAUAGCGAGAGAUCGGAAACGUAUUAAAACUAAACUAAUGGCCAUGCAUUUGAAGCGUAGGCAAUAAAAUGGAUUGAAAAGUUAUUUGCUAAAUCGAAACAGCAAUAGAUAUUCGUUCCUUAAAAGCACCAAAUGAAUCCAGUUCGGAUCAAUUAAUUUCAUUGAAAUAAUGUUGGAAAGCGAAAACAAUUGAAAAUUGUUAGCGUACUUUUUGUGAAUGAAUUGAUGUGGAAACAACAACAUAACAACAACUAACUAUAGCAUAUGGCCAAAUAUGAAGCAAUUCUAAUUUGAUGGACGCCCUUUUUCGGUUUCAAUGACGUUCCAUUUAAUCUCCAUUAAUCUACAUUCACCAUCAAUCGUUAACAAUUUUAACAAUCUGACAAUAUUUUGGAGAUUAUCUCAUUAACUAUACUUGUUCAACGAAUUUCUGCCUUAAGCAGGGAUAAAAAUAAACUCACUCAAAUUUGGUACCUAA